AUGUAUUCUAAGACCAUCAGCAAUCAUCAGGCGAAUAAGGAGCAUGUACUCGCCGUGUCCCGGGAUUUCAUCGCGCAGCCUCGUCUCACUUAUAAAACAGUAUCUGGAGUAAAUGGUCCAUUAGUGAUAUUGGACGAAGUGAAAUUUCCAAAGUUUGCUGAAAUCGUACAAUUGAAGCUCGCCGAUGGCUCCCUACGUUCCGGUCAAGUUUUAGAGGUCUCUGGUUCCAAAGCGGUGGUCCAAGUUUUCGAGGGUACAUCUGGCAUUGAUGCAAAGAACACUCACUGUGAAUUCACUGGUGACAUUCUGCGAACCCCGGUGUCCGAAGACAUGUUGGGCCGUGUCUUCAAUGGCUCGGGAAAACCGAUUGACAAGGGACCGCCUAUCCUUGCAGAAGAUUAUUUGGACAUUCAAGGACAGCCUAUUAAUCCGUGGUCUCGUAUCUACCCAGAGGAAAUGAUUCAAACUGGAAUAUCGGCCAUCGACGUUAUGAACUCUAUCGCUCGCGGUCAAAAGAUUCCCAUCUUCUCCGCUGCUGGUCUGCCGCAUAACGAAAUUGCCGCGCAAAUCUGUCGUCAAGCAGGUCUUGUAAAAGUGCCUGGUAAAUCGGUUCUUGAUUCUCACGAGGACAACUUCGCCAUCGUGUUCGCGGCUAUGGGUGUUAACAUGGAGACUGCACGUUUUUUCAAACAGGACUUCGAAGAGAAUGGCUCUAUGGAAAAUGUAUGCCUGUUUUUAAAUCUGGCCAACGAUCCGACGAUCGAGAGAAUUAUCACGCCUCGUCUCGCCCUAACGGCGGCCGAAUUUCUGGCGUAUCAAUGCGAGAAACACGUGCUAGUUAUUCUCACGGACAUGUCCUCGUAUGCUGAGGCGUUGCGUGAGGUCUCAGCCGCUCGUGAAGAGGUACCAGGUAGACGUGGUUUCCCUGGCUAUAUGUACACCGAUCUCGCCACGAUCUACGAACGUGCCGGCCGUGUAGAGGGACGCAACGGCUCCAUCACGCAAAUCCCAAUUCUUACUAUGCCGAACGAUGACAUCACUCACCCAAUUCCCGAUCUUACCGGAUAUAUCACUGAGGGCCAAAUCUACGUCGAUCGUCAGCUGUAUAAUAGGCAGAUCUAUCCACCCGUAAAUGUAUUGCCGUCUUUGUCGCGUCUCAUGAAAUCCGCCAUUGGUGAGGGUAUGACGCGAAAGGAUCACUCUGAUGUGUCCAAUCAAUUGUAUGCGUGUUACGCUAUUGGAAAAGACGUCCAGGCGAUGAAAGCUGUCGUGGGAGAAGAGGCGUUGACGCCAGACGAUCUGUUAUACUUGGAAUUCCUAUCGAAGUUUGAGAAGAACUUUAUCUCGCAAGGCAGCUACGAAAAUCGCACGGUCUUCGAAUCGUUGGACAUCGGCUGGCAGCUUUUGCGAAUCUUCCCCAAGGAGAUGCUUAAGCGAAUCCCAGCCAGCACCCUCGCGGAAUUCUAUCCGAGAGAUUCCCGUCAUUAA